AUGGAUGUUAUGAAAAUAGACCACGUUCAGCGUCUACCGCUGGAACUCAACGGGUAUGUCGAGGGCACGUUGGAUUUGCUCCUGGGGGGCGGCAACGGCCUCUCGAAGAUCAAGCUUCUCAAGCACCUCCAGAGCGUGUGCAUCGUGUACGCUUGCUUGGCGGUCAAGCGGAACGCCGGGAUCGUCAGCAUGGAGGCGAAGCACAAGGCAGCGGCGAAGGGCUACAAGGACAUCGCUGUCCCAGGAUUCUACAAGUGGCUCAGGAUUCUACAAGUGGCUCAAGGACAACGACAUAAUGAUCUAGCAGGAGUGGCUGACGUUCGAGCUCCGGGAACGCCGAGNGGCGAGCAAGAAGAAGAUGUCCUCGACUACCUUCUGAACGGUGUAUACCACCUCAGCUCCGGGAACGCCGAGGACCCCAUCGAGUUGGAAGACGGCGACGACGAUCUCGAGGACGGCGGCGAGCCGGAGGAAAGCGAAGGUGAUGAACCUGGGGUGGGGGGGAUCAAGGAGGAGCCAGCCGUCGGCAACCAGGGCGACGGGGAUGGCGCCCCCUCCGAAGAUAUCGAAGAAGUAGACGGCGAGUAUCCUGACAGGGGCAACAAGUGGAUGCACCCCUAUCUCCUCACCUACUGCCUUAUCGGAAGGGCAAGCAGCAGCGAGGACCCUGAGCUUCGGACCGCGCGGAAAACCGACGGAAGCGGGUCGAGGACAAGCGGUGCGCACACCGAGGUAGAUUUGUCGUCGAGCGCGAUUCGGAUGUUCGCAGGGGCCGGCAAAAUUCAAAGCCGUGCGCAGGUGAAGAAAGAGUACGCAGCUGUGGCGGCGGCGAACGCGCAAGAGCAGGUGCGCCGCGUCCAGCAGGCCCACACAGGCAAGCAGGUGACGGCUGUGGAAGCUUUGUCGGCAGCCGUUGUGUCGAGGCAGGCUUUGGACGAAGAUGCCGCCCAUAGGGCUCGCUGGGAUUACGCUCGCUUGGCCAAGCGACCUCAGGGGGAAGUUGGAGUUUACACUGGAAGGGCCAAGGGCGAUGGCACUGCGAGCCUCUAUAUCGGCCUUGUAUGA